CGGUUUUUGCAAAAGUGAUAAACCAACCCCCCCUUCCCCUUGCCUGUGUAGUAGUGUAUGUGCUCUGGAAUCUAAGCAGUGUGUGCAAACGGCAAGAACUCUUCCUCUUAUCAUCCCCGGGGGCAGAGCUCCCCACUCACACACACGCACACGCACACAUUCUUGUUCACUGUCACCGGCGAGCCACGUUUGUUGACGUCUCACAGCGAGUGUGUGAUAUGCAGAAAAACGCGAAGAAGAAAGCAGGCCCCGGCCGUGGAUUUUAAACUUGACAGUUCAGCCCUCCGUCCCAUCCCCCCUCUGCCCUGUUCUAACCACGCGCAGCACCUUUUUUUUGCGUAAUAUUACACACCGUCAACGCGUUUUGUUUGAAGUGUGUUUGACAGCCGGGGACAGACUUGAGCGAUCGCGCACGUACAAACAGAGUGCGAGUGUGUGUGAGUGUAUGUAUGUGGGAGAGUGAGCGAGAUGGAGUGUGCGGUGCCGCAGCGCACAGGCUAAUAACUUGGACUAUCAUCAUCACUCGCGCAUACAAAGUGUCGCACGAUUGGCCUCGACUUCCGUUUCGAUAGUGUGUGUGUGUGUGUGUGUGCGUGUGUUGGUGGGCAAUUUUGCAUGCACGGCGGUCCAUCGGGUAGACACGCCAGAGAGACGUGUGGAGGAAGGGGUGGGGUGGGUAGGAAAGUGCAAGAAUAAGAAGAUGGUCUCGGACACAUGAGAAAUAUUUCGGCAAACCCUCCCCCCGAGCGUCACACACACACACACACACUCAACCACGGGUCGUCAGGAAAGGCAUGAAGGGAAAAAAAUCCGCAAAGAAAAACAAUCCACCAACACCACUGCCUCUUUGGAAGAAUGUGAUGGACGAAGUGAGAGAGCGAUAGAAAGAGAGGGGUGACGGUGUGGAGGGUGUCGCGUUGUGUUUUUCCCUGCCAGUCGCCGGUCGCGCCUGUGUGUGGGGCUGUAAUAUUUAUCGAGUGUGUCGACCUUUUCGGUUUGCGCAUGUAUAUUGUCCAUGUGUGCGAUUGUGAGAUUUGCGCGUGUGUAGGAGAGCCAUCGACGUGUGCGUGUGUGUGUGCAUAAUAUACUUUGUAUUGGCAAGCGCCGCAGCCCCAAGGUCCGGCGGCAGUGUGCUGUUGGGGCAGCACUGCGCGAUACCGAUAAUAGUUGUGUGCGCGGUUCACUUCACAUACAUAAGGCACACACCAUACCGCAACAAUAUCAUCAUCAUCGUCAGCGGGGGACGUAUACGUGUGUGGUGUAUGGUGAUGGAUCAGCCGUACGAGGCCAGCGGUGCCGGCCGGCAGAAUAAUACGUAGAAGAAGCGUGCCAUCACCGAUUAGAGUUAUUGGACUAUCGAGAUCGACACGCGUAACGGGACUUUUCUGGAUAUUAUUAUUGUGACAUUUGGCUGAUAGUGUGUGCGCGCGUGCGCGUGUGUGUAUAGAAAGCCGGUUCUAAAGCCCUCUCCCAUGGUAUUCCCCAUCGGAUCGAAAGGAUCGAGAUCGAGCGACGACGUGAAUUUUGUGGACUUUGGAACGUCGACGACCGGCUCCCCGGACAUUCAGGACAUCAUUGUCUUUGAAUCUACCGUGUGUGUGGUUGUGUGGCUGUGUGUGAGUUUUGUAGAUAAAGCAGCACCGUUACAGCAUCCUGCCUUUUGUGCGAUACAGCGUUGUGUGUAGAUCCUGUGUGUGUGUGUAUAUCUGGAAAGGCACAGUAGCACCGGCAGCAGCAGCAGUAUCGAACAGUCGACAGGAAGAAGGAACGUGUUGAAUAGACAAUUGUAUCCACAUUGUGAGUAGAGACGGACAUGCUUCGCUAGAAAUUGUCGCCACACAACCGACAACGUGUCUCGCGAACGGGUUUUUUUUUUGGUUAUUUCGUGCGAAGUUGAAGAACACGCAGAGCUGAGCGAGAGACAGAGUCAGUCAGUCCGUGCGCGAGUGUACGCGAUAGAAAGAAGGUGAAGCAAGCAGAAGAAGCGAAAAUUUUCGCACAGUUUCAAGUGAACGGUUUUGCCGUCGAAGAAUUCACCUUAUUCUCUCGCGACAAGGAGAAAGAAGAGGAAGAACAAGCGUCGGAAGAAGAGACCGACCGACAGACACGCAUAGAUAGAGAGAGAGAGAGAGAGAGAGAGAGAGAGUCAGCCAAGUCACAGAGCCAAGUCAGCCAGUCAGGCAAACGAUCCACUUGCGUUGGGUGGUGUUAGAACAAAAGCAAAGUCGCAAUUUUGUCCGCUGCUCUCUCCCUUCUCCCCGUGAGCGCACAUCGCGGAACAGUGACCACACCGUGGACGACGGGGUUUUAGGUUAGCGGAAAAGCAAUCUGUUUGUAUUUCUGGCCUGCCUGCUACGCAAUUCGACACGACCAAAAGUAGCACGAUGGCACCACAAGGAGCAACGGCCACGGUGAUCGUACCGUCCACAACCUCGGUGGUCACUCCCGGCACCGGCGGCAUGGUCGCGAACAUCCCCGUCAACAACAGCAGCAGCAGCACCACCACGACGAUGGCCGCCGCCUCCGCCGCCCUCGGUUUCGACCAUCUUUCCUGCCAGGAGAUCAUCUACGACGAGCCCGACAACCGAUUCGCCGACCCGGACCGCCACAUGAUCACCGAUGAUCGAGUCCUUCCGAACCUGAUCCGGCUAGAACGGUACACCAUUCCGCCCUGCAACUACUUCGUCGCGGUGCAGCAGGACAUCAAGCCGGCGAUGCGCAAGAUCGUCACCACGUGGAUGCUGGAGGUUUGCGAUGAGCAAAAGUGCGAGGAGCAGACGUUUCCACUGGCCGUGAAUUUCUUCGACCGCUUCCUGUGCGCCCUGGCGAUCGAUCGCUACCACCUGCAGCUGCUCGGAUGUUGCACCCUGCUGCUGGCGUCGAAAAUUCGCCAAUGUCAGCCAUUAACGGUGGACGUGCUCAGUGCCUACACCGACCAUGCGGUUUCGCCGGAUCAGAUAAGGAACUGGGAGCUGCUGUUGAUCAGCAAGCUCGAAUGGAACAUCAACGCGGUGACAGCGUACGAUUACGUCGACCACAUUCUGGAGCGCGUCAAAUGGGGCUCGGACGAUGCCCGGCUGCGCGAACAUGCGCACACCCUCAUCCACGUCUGCAACACAGAAACCAUCUUCAUGCAAGUGGAACCAUCGCUGCUGGCCGUUUCCUGCAUCGCGUCGGCCACCCGCGGCCUGAACGUAUCGACCAAGCUCGCCGUCGGCUACGACCUCUGCCGGCUGACGAUGCACGAACUGGAAAAGAUCGACCUGAUCGUGAAGAUCAUCGAGGACAUUGUGGCGCGCGAGAUUGCGGACAAGCAGUGCCAGCAGCAGCAGGUCGCCCAGCAGCAGGCACAGCUCGCCGCUGCCGGCAGCAGCUGUAAGGAGCAGUACCAGCAGGCUCCCCAGAAGCUGGCCAGCGCCAGCAACAGUACCGGCGGGGCACCCCAGCAACAGCAACCGGAAACGCCCACGGACGUACAGUUCAUCUACUUCUAAACUCUUUCGGAUGAGAGAGAGCGAGAGAGUGUGUGUGUGUGUCUUUCGGAGGGAAAGGAGACGAAGAAGAUGCUCCUUGUAAUACACAUCGUAAGCACAAAUGCAAUAUCUCUUCAAUCACUUCUUCGUGCGCAUACAUAUACAGAGCAACAAUCCCCCGGCGCGCCACACACUGCAAAGAAGAAGCGCGUUUCCUUUUUUGGCGAGAAUCGAACAUCGGAACAUCGUGCUGUCGUCGUCGUUGCGGAUGAGUAUGAUUUUAAUGGAGCCAUAACAAAUCUAACCUCCUUUCCAUACAAUGGACUGGUGGACGGAUCGCUUUUUAGCAAGGGUGUGUGUGCAGCAGUAGGGUUCAUAGUGUAGCAACGAGCUUAGAAAGAGAGAAGCGGGAAGGAAGCGAGAUGUGUUAGGCAUUUAGAGCGCGGCGAUGAAGUUGACCAAAAAUAUCGAAGGAUUUCACAGAAAACGCAGAAAACAAACAGAAAAAAUAGGCAUGCAUACAUAUAAAUGUGGCAUUUGUAUAGAGGCAGCAACGCACACACACACUGUGCUGCUACGUGCUGAUAUGGGUAGUCGAUAAGCUUUAUCCUAUUCUCCAAUCAACCUCAGCCUCCAUCCCCUUUUUGAGAGACUGACCUUCUUUCCACGCGGACAUGUUCACUAGUUAUGUAGGAUUUGGAGAAGAGGGAGAGGGCCCCCACUCUGUUGUUGGCCUAGUUUCUUCUUCUUAUUUUUUUUUUUGUAAAUAUUAGUAUAAAUAGUUAAGAACUUCCACCACCUUUACACACACAAUCCCCCAAUCCCUCGCCGCGUCCCCCAUUCUUCAUAUCAUCUUCUUCCUUUUGCCGCGCGAUCUUGUUUUCCCUUAGCGCCGGUGUUAGUGUGUGGGCUCUCGCCUCAUAUGCGUCGUGCGCGCUAUAUUUUUUAAUCAGUUCUUAUUGAUACCGAGUUACAAGAAUUCUUAUACACCAUUUUUUUUCGCGUUUGUUUGCUCUGUUCGAUUCUAUUGAAGCUGUUGAAAAUUGAAAAAGGAAAACAAAAACGAAGAGAAAACCCAUGCAAACGUUUUCA